AUGGCGGAUAAUUCGAUGACAGAGAGUAUACCUAUGCAGUCUGAGAAGAGUGAGAGGCAAGAUCCGCAAUCAACUUUACAAGUCUACGGUUGGCCAGGCGUUCGCAAAAGAGCAAACACAAAGGAGGAGAAACGUGCACCAACCCCUGGACGCGCAUUCACGGAACAGCAAAAGAGGAAUGCGGUCCAACCAUGCAACAACUGUCACAGCCUCAAACUCAAGGUAAACUGCAUAACGCGGAACGUUGAGAAAGAGUAUCUUUCAGAGAAAACCUGUCGCGGCAUCAACAUUGCCGAGCACGCUCAAGGGCUUCCUACCGUAUUUGAGAACACUGGCCAACAGCUAGGCGUUCCUGUCCCACCCUCAUCGAGCCUGUACACAACCUCUGGUAGCUCGUCAAGCAGCAAAUCACACAAGAACCCGCCCGUUAUUCACGAUGGAGGUGGAAAGAUUUACGACCCGAACAUCUCCACGUCUGCGCCGGAUGGGGGGGAAUACGAUACAUCAUCAGGAUACGUAGAGCCCGAGGCCGAGGAGUCUUACCUCUCUAGAGCCAAAAGUCUCAAACCCAAUGUAGGGAGAGUGGGCGACCAAAAGCGUUCGCGCAGCCCUUCCGACGUUAGAACAGGUCUCUCUUGGCCACCUCCAGCGGCCCUACGCUUCUCGACUGACGAUGGAACGGAGCAGGACGCCGAUCAGCGUUCACCGAGAAAAAGGCGACGUUUGGCAAAGGAAGAGAAUGAGCAGUUUUCCAAGAACACUGCUGACAUCAUGUCAAAGCUAGAGGACGAUGAGCAAAUGACAGAGACUGGAAACAUUUCGAUUUCGGUGGACCGAGAUAUCGUCGAUGUGUUGCUCGAAGAAUGGACAGUACCAGUGUAUUGA